AUGCAACAAGCAAUCCCAUACAGAACUUGGUUUCCCUCCCCCGCCACAGCCACCGGUGGCUCCGCCGGCCAUCAGUCACAGCCAGGUGACAAUACAAACAGUACAAACCCCAGUGUAACAAAAAUGGUGUCGGAGAAUGCCGUGAUAGUGUUCGGCCGACGUGGGUGCUGCAUGUGCCAUGUUGUGAAACUUUUACUUCAAGGGCAUGGUGUCAACCCUACCAUUUUUGAGGUUGAUGAGCAAGAUGAAGCUACAAUUAUCGACGAUUUAUUGAGAAUUAUCGGUGUAGAUGAAGGCCAGAACGAUGGCCGACCCCAGUUUCCUGCAGUUUUUGUAGGUGGGAAAUUGUUUGGAGGGCUUGAAAAAGUCAUGGCCACCCAUAUUUCCGGUGAGUUGGUGCCCAUAUUGAAAGCAGCUGGGGCUUUAUGGCUUUGA